AUGCUUUUGGGGAUGAGCGCCUGCGGCAGGAGGGCGCUGACCCUGCUCAGCAGCGUGUUCGCCGUCUGCGGCCUCGGCCUCCUGGGCAUCUCCGUCAGCACCGACUACUGGCUCUACCUGGAGGAAGGCAUCGUCCAGCCCCAAAACCAGUCGGUAGAAAUCAAGCUGUCGCUGCACUCGGGGCUCUGGAGGGUCUGCUUUCUGGCAGGUGAAGAGCGUGGCCGGUGCUUCACCAUCGAAUACGUCAUGCCCAUGAACAUCCAGCUGACAUCUGAAUCCACAGUCAACGUCCUGAAGAUGAUCCGCUCUGCCACCCCCUUCCCUCUGGUCAGCCUCUUCUUCAUGUUCAUCGGCUUCAUCCUCAGCAACAUCGGCCACAUUCGGCCCCACAGGACCAUCCUCGCCUUCGUCUCGGGGAUAUUCUUCAUCCUCUCGGGUCUGUCGCUGGUGGUGGGGCUGGUCCUCUACAUAUCCAGCAUCAACGACGAGAUGCUGAACAGGACCAAGGACUCAGAAACGUUCUUCAAUUACAAAUACGGAUGGUCGUUCGCCUUCUCUGCCAUCUCGUUCCUUCUCACGGAGAGUGCCGGGGUGAUGUCCGUGUACCUCUUCAUGAAGCGCUACACGGCCGAGGACAUCUACAGACCUCACCCCAGCUUCUACCGUCCCCGGCUGAGCAACUGCUCUGACUACUCGGGGCAGUUCUUGCACCCGGACACGUGGGCGCGGGGACGCAGCCCUUCGGAUAUCUCCAGCGAGGCGUCGCUGCAGAUGAACAGUAACUACCCGGCUCUGCUCAAGUGCCCCGACUAUGACCAGAUGUCCUCGUCCCCGUGCUGAGCCCCACCGCCCCUGCGCCCGC